AACAGGGCGACUCUACCAGGUUUGACGAACAACAGAGGGAAAAGCCGGCCGUUCAAACAUGGCGCCCGGCUCUGUUUUCAGUGGAGAUGGGAAAGAAGAGGAAGAAGAAGAUAGCGGUUGCGUCGAUCGUAUUAGUGACUUACCUGAGGGAAUCCUUAUGAGCAUUCUGUCCCUCUUGACACUCAAGGAUGCGAUCAGGACUUCGUUGCUUUCACAUCGAUGGGUAGGUUUGUGGAUGUCAGCGCUAACGGUGCUGGAUUUUGAUUCCCGCCAAGCUUCACAUCUUCCUGAUGAAGACCGGCCACAUCCAAAGCUGACGAAUAGGCCCGCGUUCAAGCAAUGGGUUGAUGGGGUUGUGAGGCAGCUCAAGGAUGCUUCCUCCUCGACCUCAAAACUGACCAAGUUUAGGGUUUCAUUCCAAUCCAGCAGAUACCGGUACGAUCCCGAUUGGGAUUUCGAUGAAUGGCUGCAAUUCGCAGUAUCGAAAUCGGUCGAGGCACUCGAUCUGUCCUCUGGUUACAUCAAAACCCAAUCUGGGUUGUCUGAUUUCAAGUCCCUCAGAUCCUUACGCCUAAAUUCUGUCAGGGUCGAUGACAAGACAAUUGAACAAUUCAUCUCGAAUUGCCCCUGUCUCGAAGAACUAGCCGUGUACCAGUCAGAGUCACUGAAGAAGCUAAGAAUUGCUGCUGCUGCUACGGGCUCAUCGUCAUCGUCACUUGCGUUGAAGCGGUUAGAGUUCUUGAAAUGCAGGUCUCUAAAUUCACUGGAGAUUGAUAAUGUCCCCUGCCUCACCCACUUUACAUUUCAAGGUUGUAAAAAGGAGCACCUGCGUCUAGAGAAUUGUGUCAGUCUCGUGGAUGUGAACAUAGGCUUUGAAUGUGAUGGUUUAUUAUGGUAUUAUUCAGCAUUCGACGACAUCUCCUGCUACGCUGGUCAGUUGCUUUCUCUUACCGUGAACAUCAGUCCGAGCCCGGUUUGGAAAGCGGCAGAGUUCACUCGCCUCAAGCUGAUGACAAUCGAAGAUUUCGACCAUCUCAGUUUGCCUGCUUGGGUCAAUGGCUGUCCUCAAUUGCACACGCUGCGGUUGAAGAUGAUCAAUCGCCGGCCUUGGUAUUGUUAUAAGGAAAGGCGAGAACCGCCGCUCGUCACUGGAGGUAGCCGUGAGAGCAUCAAAGUGGUGGAGAUCUUUGGGUUUAACGGCUACCGGAGUAGCCGCGAGCUCAUGGAGUAUUUGCUCCGGUGCUUUGUGGGGGUGGAAAGAAUAGUUGUUCGCAUAAACUCGAGCUCUGUCGGUCGGCACCAGAAAAUUUUUCCUUACACUGAUGAAGAAGUCGAGGAAACCAGAAAGCUUGCGUUGGAGUUCCAAUCGAAAGCACUCCCUGCAAUCGACUAUGUAAUAAUUGAUGAAUAAGUUUUUUGUGAUUAUUAGUCAUUUGACAUCAUAGUUUAAACUAUUUUAUCAAGUUAGAAUAGGAGUAUGGGGUAGUAGACGGAAGCGAAUUCGGCCGUGGAGGCACAGAUUUUUUUUACUCACGCGUAAUUAAACUCUUUCGUAUAUAUGUUUUCUAGUUCCGGUAUGAGAUGGCGUGUAGUUGGUUUGUUAAUUUUCGAGAGUGUCGAUCAAAUUUGAUAGUUUUGGAAGUUAUGGUUGACUUGUGUUUUAUUUGUGUCAAGUUGUAUUGGUGUGAAUCACAAGAUUGUACGUAGUAUCUUUGUUGGCCACCUGAUCUUUUAACCAGUUAACCACAAGAAAUAGAGCUCACUUCCUCGUCAUUUCUUUACCACUCAGGUGAUCAUCACUCGGUAUGAAAAGAGUUAGACAACGAUAUUAGGUGUGGAAAUUCUAAAGAUAUACGCGAUUUUAGUAUUAUCCCGAUAGUAGGACAAAACCUACCCAUGCAAUGGUUUUGGAACAAAUGUUGCUAUGUUGAACGAGACCAAACUUGGCAAUUACACAGAUUAGAACUCAAUGUAAGCUCACUACAAUACCAAACGUAUUGAUAUUCCAUACGCGAAUCUCAUCAUAAUUUAACAUAUUGAGCUCUCCAAAUCAUCCCGUGCUUUGUUAACCGACUUGGUAAGUUACGUUUUUAUAGCAUCAACCAAUUAGUCACAUGCGCAAAAUGAGGUUGUUAGAAUUUUCAACGCGUGAAUCUCACUACGUAAUAACCUUUUGGUAUUUAAUGCAGGUGGUUUAUACACGGAGUAACUCACGAUAUUUUAAAUGAAAAAAAGCAUUUAUC